CAUCAAAAAGUUUACAUGUUGAUGAAUUAUUUAGCGGACGAAAACAUGGAGGACGACGAUAUUGAAUACGACAUUACUUUUCCUUCCCCCGGUGUAGGGAUAGAUGACAGCGAUGAAGAACUUGAUGAAUACGUUAUCGAAGGAGAAUCAAAAGAACCUGUUGUAUUCCUAAUAGGAUGGGCGGGAUGCCAACCUAAACACCUUGCAAAAUACUGCAAGAUUUACGAAAAAAGAUGCAUCACUAUCCAGUACAUACCCCCAACAGAUGUAUCAUACAUUAAUCCAAAAUUGAUGACCAGUCUUGCGACUAAGCUACUUGAUCUGAUCAAAGACUUUAAUCUGGAGGCCAAUCCAAUCUUUUUUCACAUCUUCAGCAACAAUGGGAGCUUCAUGUACACUGAAAUCACAAAAGUCUUGACUUCACCCGGAAAUAAGUACAAAAACCUGCAGGUGAAGGGGGUCAUCAUAGACAGUGCUCCAGGCAAAAGGAGGGUUCUGCGGGCUGCAUGGGCAUUUGCCAUAGCAUCUGGACAGAGAGGAUUUGCGCGUUAUGUAGCAUAUAUUGGAAUGAUAUUUUAUCUUCUUUUUCUCCGUGUAUGUCUGUACUUCAAAAUGUUUUUCCAAGCUUCUGGUUCGGCCAAUCCCCAUGGUGUUUAUGAGGACAUUAUGGAGGACAAAACUCGUUGGCCUCAGCUUUUUAUUUUCUCCAACGCCGACAAAAUCAUACCGCCAUCAGAUAUCAUUGAGAUAGCUGAAUAUCGCAAGGAGGAAUUGGGGGUCUUGGUUGAGACUUUACAGUACGAGGAUUCUGAUCAUGUUGCUCACUUCAAAGAUCACCCAGAAAGCUACACAGUACAAUGUAAUGCAUUCCUAGACACAUGCCUUAAGCUGGGCAGUGACAUUGAUUGCCUUGAAGAUGUGGAUCAGUGAUUGACAGUGAACAUAUGUUAAAUACUGGUUACUUUUCUUUCCUUUUUUUAUUGUUAUUUAGAUAUGUGCAUAAAUUUGUAUGUUAUAUUACUAUUGCAGUUUGUUUAUAAUUAGGUUAGUCUUUUAUAUGAUAGUUUAUCUUAGUGUUUUGGGGUCUUUGAGGUACAGAGUGACUUAAAAAUGGCUUUAGAUUUUAGUUCAUGAGGAAUGAUAGAGAUAUUUGUCUAGGUAGUUAGUAUGGCACUUAAGGCUUGUUAAUACAUUGUAUAUGUCCAAAUGUCUUUCUGUUUAAUAUUAAGAUAAAAGAAUUCAAUAAUUCAGUUAUGAUCAAUGAUGAGACUAAAGAAGUAAAUGAUUUGUAAGAAAAAGUAUGGAUGGAUGCACCCCCUUCUGUGUUUUUCAGUUUUCGUGAUUUUGUUUUUAGAGGACAAAAAACUAGACAGUGUUGUUUGUAAAGUGUUUUGUGAUGUACAUUUACAUAUAUACAGAUUGUUCUAAAUUU